UCCAAUCGUGUUGCACCUCAUACGAGCUAAUGUUAGGCUAGUUAGAUGUAGCAAACUAGCUUUAGAUACUUGCUUUCGUACGCAGCUGUAGAAUGAAAAUUGCAAACCCUGUUAUUGAAAUUUUGUUGUAAUAUUUGGUGGCACCACUUUACAGUCACAUCACACUACAAUUGUCGCUUAUGCCUUUGGUUUAGUUGUCUCAGUCAGCAGCAGUCCCGUGUUGGUUAGUUAGCUCUGUUAGCCACCUCAGCUAGCAACAGUAGCGUAUGGGUGUCAGAGUUAGCAGUGACUUCACCGGCUGUCUGAUUUCCUCACCUCUCAUUUUGGACACGUCAAGGUUCCUCAGAUCUGUAUCUUGAUUUUUGGGGGGUGUGAUGUCAGAACAGAAGACCCCCACUCCCACCCCUGCUGGCGACACAUACAAAGGAUGGGUCUUCAAGUGGACAAAUUACAUCAAGGGUUAUCAGCGGAGGUGGUUUGUUCUGAGCAAUGGGCUUUUGUCAUACUACAGGACCCAGGCAGAGAUGGGUCACACUUGCCGGGGCACAAUCAAUUUGGCCACAGCAAACAUCACCGUGGAUGACGCCUGCAACUUUGUCAUCUCCAAUGGCGGGGCUCAAACAUAUCACCUCAAGGCCAGCUGUGAAGUGGAACGUCAGCGAUGGAUCACAGCCCUGGAGUUGGCUAAAGCCAAAGCAGCCCGCAUGCAGGCUGAGUCAGAUGACUCGGGCGAUGACUUCUCCCCAUCAUCCCCACCAGUGGCCCCGGGGCAAGGUGGUGGGUCACAAAAUUCAGAAGUCCAGUCGGCUCUCAGAACGCUGGGAAGCAAAGUGGAGGAUCUCAGCACAUGCAAUGACCUCAUUUCAAAGCAUGGUUCUGCCCUCCAGAGAUCCUUAUCUGAACUGGACAGUUUACGUCUUACUGGAGAAGCUGGAGAUAAGAUUCGUCAGGUGACAGAAAGAGCCACCUUGUUCAGGAUCACCUCUAAUGCCAUGAUUAAUGCUUGCAGAGACUUCCUCAGCCUGGCUCAGGCUCAUAGCAAGCGAUGGCAGAAGGCUUUGCAGGCAGAGCGAGACCAGAGAGUGAGGCUGGAGGAGACUUUAGAGCAACUAGCCAAACAGCACAAUCACCUGGAGCGAGCGUUCAGAGGGGCUGCACAGGCUAAUGCUAGUUCUGACAAUAAAAGUGCAGCUGGACCAGGAAAAGGCGAGGCCAGUGAUGAGGAUGAUGACAAUGAAUUUUUUGAUGCCAUGGAAGAGGCACCUGAGUUUAUUACUGUACCUGCAGACCCACAAUUCCACAAAAGGUCAAGCAGUAAUGUCAGCGGUUUCAACAGUGAAAUGUGCCCAGAUGAUCAAUCACUGAAUGAGGAGCCUCUGGCAAUGAACCAAGAGUCCCCUUCUCAGGAGUUGGUGCCCUUGAAAAAAAGACGAGCACGCAUCCCAGACAAACCCAACUACUCCCUCAACCUUUGGAGCAUCAUGAAGAACUGCAUCGGCAAAGAGCUGUCCAAGAUCCCGAUGCCUGUAAAUUUCAACGAGCCUAUUUCCAUGCUACAGCGGUUGUCAGAGGACCUCGAGUAUCACGAGUUGCUGGAUAAGGCUGCAAAGUGCCACAGCUCUCUGGAGCAGAUGUGUUACGUAGCGGCCUUUUGUGUGUCCGCCUACUCAACGACCGUCUACCGCACAGGAAAGCCCUUCAACCCUCUGCUGGGAGAGACGUAUGAGCUGGACCGCCAAAGGGAGAGUGGCUACCGCUCCCUGUGUGAGCAGGUAAGUCACCAUCCCCCUGCAGCGGCUCAUCAUGUGAUCUCUGAUCGUGGCUGGACUCUGAGACAGGAAAUUACAGUUGCCAGCAAGUUCAGAGGCAAAUACCUCUCCAUCAUGCCUUUAGGCACAAUUCAUGCAAUCUUUGAGAAGAGCAACAAUCACUACACAUGGAAAAAAGUCAACACUACAGUGCACAACAUCAUUGUGGGAAAACUCUGGAUCGAUCAGUCUGGAGAGAUCGAUGUGGUGAACCACACCACUGGAGACCGCUGCCACUUGAAGUUCGCACCUUACAGCUACUUCUCCCGAGAUGUAGCUAGAAAGGUGACAGGCGUGGUGAUGGACAAGGAUGGAAAGGCUCAUUAUGUGCUUUCGGGCACAUGGGAUGAAAAGAUGGAGUUCUCCAGGGUAAUGCAGAGCAGUCGAGGAGGCGAGAACGGCACUGAGGGCAAACAGAAGACGGUCUAUCAAACCCUCAAAGCCAGAGAGGUGUGGAGGAGAAACCCUUUACCUGAGGGAGCAGAAACCAUGUACUACUUCACUGCUUUGGCUCUGACCCUGAACGAGCCUGAGGAGGGUGUGGCGCCCACCGACAGCCGGCGCAGGCCUGACCAGCGUCUGAUGGAGGACGGCCGCUGGGAUGAAGCCAAUGCUGAAAAGCAGCGGCUGGAGGAGAAGCAGCGUAUUGCUCGCCGUGAGAGGGAGCGGGAGGCUGUGAGCCAACGCACCUCCAGCCAAUCAGAAGAAGCCAUCGAUGAGGACUCUCUCACUGAUCCUUCUUUAAAAAGUGCACCUCAUGACAACUAUCAAGCACUUUGGUUUGAGCAGUGUGAGGAUCGAAUCACAGGCGAGCAAGUUCACAUCUAUAAGGGAGGCUACUGGGAAGCUAAGGAUCAGGGCAGCUGGGAAAAUUGCCCCAACAUAUUUUGACCUUGUCAUUAACAACAAAGUGCCCCGAAGAUACUGACCAUCACAGCCGCCUGGUGGAUGGCUUCACAAAGCCCUGCUUGUCCCCCGCUUGGAUGGCCGCCUCCCUCCAGUGACUCUCUGUUCUAGGAGAUCUUCCUGGUCGGGUACUGCUGUCUGAUUCAGAGGGAGAGCAGGAUCUUCCCUCAUGUGUCACAUUUCGGCCUCAGCAUCUAACCCUUUGUUGACGUAACGUAUUUGAGAUGAGUGGAAUCAAAAACUUGACUGUCCUUUUGGCUCUAAAUUAGGUCAGCAUAAGGAGGAGGUAAUUAAAUAAGCAGUGCUUCCAAAUCUGUCGUAGAUGCUUCUUUUUGAGUCUGUCUGCUUAGAUUUGCAGAGAAACUCGCACAUGAGAUCAGGAAAUGUUUUUCGAGCAGAUUGUGGUCAUGUAGUAUUCCUACAGUCAUCCACAGCAUUGUCUGCUUUGAAAAUGAACUCUAAAAAAAAUGGGGAAAGCCUGGUUAAUAUAUAUGUUUAAAUCUAAAUAUGCUUAAUCUUCAUUUAAUUGUCAACUGGUGGCCUUCAAAACAUUAGUAUAUGAAUCUUUUUUUCUGAUUUAGUGUCUUAAUAUAAUGAAGUGAAGGUUCUAGUGUGCUUGUGUGUAUGACUGCUUAUCUGCUCUUCCAUCAUGAAACAACAUGGUCACUGUGCUUCACAGAGUGCUAUAAAAAGACUCGAUUGUCCAAAAUAUGGGUUGACAGUCCAUAUUGUCAUGUUAUUUGGUAAUUAUUUUUCCUUUAUGAAGACUUAAUGGUAUAUAAGAUAGCAAAAGUUGAAGUUUGGCUGUGAAACAUCAACAUGACAUAUCGCCUUAAAACAAAAAAUACUUAGACUUAUAAGUGGUGUUGUGUACAAACGUGUUGAGAAAAUUGUUGGAAAAUUAGUGCAGAACACUUCGCAUAAAUAGUUUUUACUAAAUUAUCAAAUGACCCUUUUUCACAGCUGGAAUGAUAUUUUGCCAAUAAACGAACCAAGUUAGAUUGCAGUAAAAUGUUUUUACCAAGUGAAGAGAAAUGCAGGUGAGCAGAGAAAACAAAAUGUAAAUUCACUCGUGAAAAUGAACAUCACACCCGUGUGUUUGCUGAGGAUUUCAUACAUAUGCAAGUACUUUUUGACACCAAAAACAUUAGAUAUAAUGUGUGUCUGUGUGUGUGAAUUUCAUAAUUUUGUUUGUAAGUGUACUUAAAAAUGAAGAAUAAAGAAGCAAAGAAUUUAAAAUCAGUUCAGAUAACUAUGAUUUUAUAAAUGUAAAGAAAUUCAUAUAGUAUAGAUAACUGUAUUGUCUCUUUUUCUUGUACCUUUUGUUCCUCUUGUAAUAUAGGAAGAGGGCUGUCUUCAUUUUCAGUGGAAAAAGGGAGUUUACAUACUUGACUCAGCAGAGACAUGACAUGUUCAGUAUUUUGUAUUAACAGGAAAAAAAACUAAUAAAUGCUGUGAUGUCAAACAAA